AUGUCUGUUCUUGAACAACGCCAUGGAGGAGGUGGAGGGUCUCAUUAUUCAGGUGGACGUAGAGGCCGUGGUAAAUGUGACAGAACGGUAACAGGAUACGGCAGUGACAAGAUUGGUGAUUACACAGUCGAAGGAACCUGGUCAGAUAAAACGUUGAGAAUGGCAAUAAUAAAACAAUAUAAAUUAGGUACCGGAAACAAUCCAAGCCAGAAUUUAGGACACAAAGUUCAAAUACAAUUGAAAUGGAAUGAAAAAGAAAAUCAGUUUGACGGGAAAUGGUAUGUUCAAACAUCGAAAUAUCAUGGAGAAGAUCAAUACAGGCUACAAUUUAUAUCCCAAUUUACAUCAGCAUAA